AUGGUCUUGGAGUGUCUUGAGCCAAUGACAGUGUUUCCUACAGACAUGAUUACUAUUCCUGGAACAGGAAGUACAGAACCCUUUGUAGUUAAGGUUACAGGUGGUGUACAGCUCAAACUUCGAAAAACAGCAAUGAAUCUAGUUUAUCUUUACUAUGAGUUGGCUUUUAGGCUUAAGGCUGAGGCAGGCUGGUUCUUCACUAGUAAGGAAAAUGAAGAUAGAACGAAGAAGCAGAGUCUAGAAUCAAUCUGUGGAAAGAUCUUCUACCUUGGUCAUCUCUCUACUUCUCAACCAGAAAAUGGAAGAAAGUCACAUGGUCCUGACAGAGAGUAUGGUGUGCUCAUAUCUCUGUUCAUUUGCAGGAACACCAGUGGAAAAUUCCAAAGCAUUGGUCCAACCACCCCGGCCUGGAGCACUGCCAACACAGUCGUGAAUGGAAGUGACUAUAUGGAAAACUUGUCUUGUGUCACCAUGUUUAAUACCCUGAAUAUUCUUACUGCCUUCAUUUCCGUGGUUGGGCUGGCAGGAAAUGCCAUAGUGCUGUGGCUUCUAGGCUUCUGCAUGCACAGGAAUGCCUUCUCAGUCUAUGUCCUUAACCUGGCUGGUGCUGAUUUCUCCUACCUUUGUUUUCAGACUGUGUAUUCCCUGGAGCGUAUCUAUUCUCACAUCUAUAAAAGCUACUUCUACAUUCCCAUCUUUCUUUUUAACGUAUUAAUUUUUACUUACCUUGCAGGUAUGUGUAUGGUCGUAGCCAUCAGUGCUGAGCGCUGCCUGUCUGUUAUGCAGCCUAUCUGGUAUCGCUGCCAACGACCAAGACACAUAUCAGCUGUCAUGUGCACCCUAUUCUGGGCUUUCUCUCUACUGCUGAGCCUUCUGUUAGGGGAGGGUUGUGGCUUACUGCUUAAUGAUUUUGAUUAUUCUUUCUGUAGGACUUCUAGUUUGGUCACUGCUGUAUUUGUAAUAGCAUUAUUUGUGGUUCUUUCUGGGUCCAGCCUCGCCUUGUUUGUCAGGAUCUUCUGUGGCUCACAGAGGAUUCCUGUGACCAGGCUCUAUGUGACCAUUACACUCACAGCACUGGUCUUCAUACUUUUUGGUCUGCCCUUUGGUAUUCACUGGUUCCUCUUAGAUUGGAUUGUGGAAUUGCAUAGUAUUUUCCCUUGCAAUACUUACGAAAUGACAACAUUCCUGUCCUGUGUUAAUAGCUGUGCCAACCCCAUCAUUUACUUCCUCGUUGGCUCCAUUAGGCACCGCAGGUUCCAGAGGAAGACUCUCAAACAGCUUCUGCAGAGAGCCAUACAGGACACCCCUGAGGAGGAAGAAGGUGGAGGGAGGAGUUCUUCAGCAAAGUCUGGGGGCCUGGAAACAGUCUGGUGUAGCAGCUCUGUGAGUACUUGA